CUCACCAAAAUCCCAAGCUAAUAUAAUUUGAUCUAGCAUUGUGCACGGCUUGACCAUGUUUGUGGCUACCAGCCGCGCUUGUGCUUCCGGGAUGACACUCGGCGGGUCAUGGAGCGCACGCCCGAUGUCAAGACGGAAGGCAAUGCUGUCUGGGACACAUCCAGAAUAGCUCACCAGGAAGAGCAUCUCUCCGCUUCCCAGGGUAUCCCUUGCGACUUACUCCCGGCUUUCUCAACUCUCACGUCAGAUGAGGACCGUGAGAAGAAAGCAGAGGGAUCAGUCCCAGGAACAUAUCAUGUAAUUGUGGUUCCAGAGAGCUUCGCACGUCUCCCAGAGUACGCCGAGGAUACGCUGGAAGACGUGCGUAGCAAUCCAUUCUCAGGUCUCGUGUCGGAUUAUAGCAACUAUGACCCGAUGGAUGAGAUCACUGCGUCGGAAGAUCCCAAUGUGGUAAUAUUAAAUCGGUUUUGCGACUCUAGGAAACAAUUAUACCCCAGCUGCCGGAACUAUACGCAGUCUCUGGAGACCGACCUCAGACCCAAUCCCGUUUCCGCCGCCUUGAUGUACACCUCUUUACAUGACAUUUCAGGGGACCAAGUCUCCGAGCACGUAGAGCUUGAGACUCAUGGCAUGACGCUCUUCGACCACUUCCAGAACGGCGGCGUGUGGACACAGCUAAUCCCUGGGGGCCACUGUUAUUUGGAGGCAAACGUCUUCGAACAAGAGACUUUCAAUUUCCCUCCACUGGGUGCUUCGCUUGGGGUGUAUAAGCCCUAAUGGCUAUUUCCACAUCCCGUGAAGCAUUUGAAAAGCAUAUAGGCCGCCAUUUGGAAGAGCUGUCUCUUUUCGUCCUUCCAAGGACGGCCGAAGAGGAAGAUGAUAGCAAUGCCGAGUUUGAGAACCAACACAGUCGCAGAAGCUCUGAAGAUACCGACGGACCUUUUGAUGAGCCAAACUCAGCUGGCAGAGAGAGGGCACUUGUUGAGCCAAAUACAAAGCAGCCAGAACACAGUGAACUAUCAUUUUCUUCGAGUAGCGAAAGCCAUCAUGUGCGCCCGCUAUCCAUUCUCGCUUCCGUAGAUGGGUCUAGUCGACCAGGACAGAUAGGAGAGGGGAAAGAAAAAGAGGAAGAAUUAGGAUUAAAUCUCAUCACAUGGCACCAG